AAUAAUAAUAAUAAUAAUAAUAAAUUCCAAAAUCCAAACCUUUCUCCUACCAAAAUCGCAGUCCAUUGAAGCCUACCGGCGUCCCUGUCGAAUGUCUCCUAGAGCCGACCUCCACCGCGCUCUCGUCGAGUCGAUGAGGUGAUUGCCUCACAAGGGAUAUCCGAUUCGGUGGUGGCGUGCUGUGGUGCGGUUUUGUUGCGGAAGAUAGGUGUGAUUUUCCUUCUGGCGGGCGGCAGCUCCGGAGGUGAAGAUGAUCCGUCUUCAGACGUACGCGGCGUUCAGCCUGCUGGCGACGGCGUCGGCGGUGUACUACGCCUUCAGCAGCCGGGAGCAGUUCUACCCGGCCAUGGUCUACCUCUCCACCUCCAAGAUCUGCUUCGUUCUGCUCCUCAACACGGGCCUCGUCGCCAUGUGCGUCGCCUGGCAGCUCGUCAAGCGCCUCUUCCUGGGCUCGCUCCGGGAGGCCGAGGUCGAGCGCCUCAACGAGCAGGCCUGGCGGGAGGUCGUUGAGAUCCUCUUCGCAGUCACCAUCUUCCGGCAGGAUUUCUCGGUCUCUUUCCUCGCCAUGGUCGCCGCGCUGCUCCUUAUUAAGGCACUGCACUGGCUGGCCCAGAAGAGGGUCGAGUACAUCGAGACAACACCUUCAGUGCCCUUGCUCUCACACAUCAGAAUCGUCUCCUUCAUGGCGUUUCUCCUCAUUGUCGACUGCCUCUUCCUGUCAAACUCGCUCAGGUCACUCAUACAGAAGUGGGAGGCAUCGGUUGCCAUCUUCUUCUCCUUCGAGUAUAUGAUACUAGCAACAUCGACAGUAUCAACAUUUGUGAAGUAUGUAUUCUAUGUCAGUGACAUGCUAAUGGAAGGUCAAUGGGAGAGGAAGGCAGUGUAUACAUUUUACUUGGAGCUGAUCAGUGACCUUGUGCACUUGUCACUAUACAUGCUCUUCUUCAUAGCUAUCUUCCUGAACUAUGGUGUCCCACUUCACUUGAUUCGUGAGCUAUAUGAGACCUUCCGCAACUUCAGAAUUCGCAUUGCAGAUUAUGUACGCUACAGAAAGAUCACUUCCAACAUGAAUGAACGCUUUCCAGAUGCUACAGCAGAAGAACUCAAUGCGAGUGAUGCUACAUGUAUUAUUUGCCGUGAGGAGAUGACUACAGCAAAGAAGCUGCUUUGUGGGCAUCUGUUCCAUGUGCAUUGCUUAAGGUCUUGGCUAGAGCGCCAACACACUUGCCCUACGUGCAGAGCUCCAAUUAUUCCCCCAGACAGUGGACGUUCUGCAUCAGCACGACAACAUGGAGGUCAACCUGGUGUUCAGCCUGCUGCAGGUACUGACACUCCAGCCUCAGAAGCUGCGCAAGGUGACAAUAUGAGCAGGCGCCAAGCAAAACUCGAAGCUGCUGCUGCAGCUGCUUCUUUAUAUGGAAGAUCUCUUGUUUAUCCUCCAGCAAACACCCUAAAUAGGUCAGGUCCUCAGUCUACAUCAAGUACACCACAAUCCGAAGCUAGUAACUCCAAUCAAUCACAGAAAGACCAAGAACUCCAGAUCCAAAACUCAAGUGAUGGUUUAGCACCUUCGCCUUUUAGCGCACAUGGUGCCAUUGGUUCAGGACCAAGCACCAGCAAUCUUGAAAAUUCACUGCAGAAGGCACAGGAAAACUUUAUAAAGAGCCAGAUAGAGAUGUUACAAAUCCAACUUCAAAUGAUUCGGCGCGGUGCUGCUGUGUCGGUGACUAACAGUGGGAAUGACGAGCACAAAAGGAAUGACUGAAGCUGUAAAUAGGCAGGCGGAAAUGAGGACAGAAUUAAACGACAAGAAUUGGUAAAUACCUAGGGGGCAACUGUUACAUGAUGCCUCGUUGCCCAGAUUUUGUACUUUCAUGUUUCUGCACUCUUACUGAUAAUGUUUCUUUUCUCUUUGUAAUACCGCUGAUAGAUAGAGGCUGUCGUGUUGUAACAAUGGUUAGUUUCACAGUAAUUAUGAGAUUAAACAAAAUCCAUCUGCCGAUAAAUAGAAUGGAGCUUUUUGAUCCGUGAUAUAA